CGUGGGCACGAAAGAAACGGUCAAAUCAGAAUGCGAAGACAGCCAGCAGAAAUUACACAACGUUUGGGAUAAUUAUUCGCGUGAUACAAAUAUCCAUGAAAAUAGUUUUGCGAGAAAGUAUAAUUUAGAUGGCAUUCUGGGUAAGUCUGAUCGCCGGUUCUUAAGACAGAGUUAAUGUAGUUCAUAGUUCUACCCUUUUAAGAUCUGUUUUGGUAAAAGUUUCGUGUCUAUUGCUGAGCUUCUGUCGCUGAAAACGAAUUAAUCUCGGCGGCAUAUAGUCCUCGUUCCCCUUGUACCUGCCUGACCUCGCACUCGGCAGGCUGAUCACUCCCCGUCCGCGCCUGGACGAGUCCGCGCCGCGUUUUGCAUGCGCCUCGGCCGGGCUAUUCACAGCCUCUAGCUGCUUUUUACUCGGCUCUUGUCCUGAUAUCACUCCGCUGGCAUGGAGGAGGAGGAGAGCACUUGAUCAUUGUGAUGGUGGCAGCAGCUGCGAAGCGACCAGCGGCGGAUCGGCGUCUUCUCGGGAUACCUUUAAACGGGCGUCUGGAAACGGGGGACGGGAUUUUCCUACGAGCUUCGCUUCGCGGUUUGGAUUGGAAGCGUAUCGGCCGAUGAGAUGCGAGCACGCCAAAGUACUCCGGAGCAUUUGCGCUGGGAGCUGCAAAACUUUUUCUUAAAGGAAAAGACAAUAAAGCAAAAGGAGCUCGCAGCACUGGCCGCGGUGUUGUGAUGAUCGCUUGAAACAUCCGGAUCAUCUAUGGAGUUAAUUUAGACACUGUGUAGUUGUGCUGGCAGGAGAACUAAACGAAAACACCGACUAUUGAGCCCAGUCACACACGCUCCGGCAUUGUUGUCUGUUUGCAUUUUGAACAUAGUUAGGCUUCAGUACUAUUGCAUUAUUAUACAGACUUUCCUAACGGGGGGAAGCAACCAGCGAUUGUUUCCAGUCUUCUGAUUCCCCCCCCCCUUUCCUAAACCCCUGGACACACUUCAGACACAAGACGCAAAAAGAAAGUUCUUCCAAAAUACUGUGCAUAGACUAUAGGAUGGGGGAUUUUGUAACCCCCACUGCUGCGAAUGGCAGCAGUAUUUGCAUCAACAACAUGAGCGGUGGCAUCGGCGCUGGCGGUAACAGUAACAAUGUUGGCAUUCCCAAGCAUAGCACGGUGGUGGAGAGAUUGAGGCAGAGGAUCGAGGGCUGCCGGAGGCACCAUAUAAACUGUGAGACCAGGUACCAGCAAGCACACGCCGAGCAGCUGGAGAUCGAACGCAGGGAGACGGUCAGCCUGUAUCAGAGGAGCCUGGAGCAGAGAGCUAAGAAGUCUAAUAAUAAACAACAAACUAAACAGGAUCCCGACUCGGCGAGCACAGCAGAGCAGAGAAAUAACACACUUAUAGCGCUUCAGGAGACCGUGAAGAGGAAACUGGAUAGUGCUCGCUCGCCACUGAACGGGGACCAGAAUGGGAUUUGUGAUGGGAGCUUCUCUCCGAAUGCGAAAAGGGUGCGGAAGGAUGGUGUCGGAGGAGGCAUGGACUCACUGGCUAGCUUGCCAAACAACGUGCCCCCAGUGCCAGCAGUCUCGCCCCUCCACCAAUUGGACAUCAAACCCCAGCUUCCAUUGACAAAAAACACCAACAGCAGCAACAUACAUGUCCCUAACCGAGCCGAGGAUCUACCAAAGAAUGGUGGACUGGCAGACCUUAAGCUUCAGGUCAACGGCUCUCUUGAUUUGGACGAAGGCUUUAGCCAUCUCCAAAACAAGGAGAUGAAGCAGGAGCCCCUGGACGACCCCGCUGGCAUCGAAUCCUCGGACACCUCUCUCUCAAACCAAAAUAAACUCUUCUCAGACAUCAAUCUCAAUGACCAAGAGUGGCAAGAGCUUAUCGAUGAGUUGGUCAACACGGUGCCCGAGGAUGACAUGCACGACUUGUUCAAUGAGGAUUUCGAGGAGAAGAAGGAGCCAGAGUUCCCCAGGCCAGCUGCACAGACACCCCUUCCCCAGGAGCCCCCUCCUGUAGCCUCUUCUCAGAAUAACCAGAUACCCAUGGGAUCCCCGCAGGUCCGGCCGUCCUCUUCGGGCCCGCAGUUUGGCACAGCAGCUAAUAGCACUCCACCUCAGCAACCACAACUACAGCAACCGCCUCCUGUUUCUAUAGCAUCAAGCUCGCCUGCCAAUUGUGUGGCACGGUCGCCGCAAACUCCCAAUCAAGGUCAGACUCAGCCUUCCCGGCCUGGGAAUGGUUUUCUGAUUAAUCCGGGCUCAGGGGUGCUUCCAGGGUCUACUUCAGGGUCUGUUGGGGCUUCAGGGGCUACCGGGGUGGGCAGUACAUUCCCCAUGCCUCAGUCUACAGCGGAACUGUCUUCGGCUGAGCAGCUGAAGCAGAUGGCUGCUCAGCAGCGGGCGAAACUCAAUCAGCAGAAGCAGCAGCAGCAGCAGCAACAGCAGCAGCAGCAGCAAUCGUCACAAGCAGCUAACUGGUCCCCUGCCGGGCCUCCUACCAGUCCGUAUGGUGGGCCUUUCAACUCGGACAAGCCAAAUAGCCCCAUGAUGUACCCGCAAGCCUUCAAUACCCAGAACCCAAUGGUGCCUGUGAUGGGGAACAACCCUCAGAAGGCUGCCAUGACCAGCUACCUCCCUCAGAACCACAUGAACAUGAUUAGCCAACAGCCAAACAACAUGGGUCAAAACGUGUUGAGUAAACAGCAGGGCAAUGUUCUCUCGUACAGCAACACUAAGCCCCUGAGCCACUUCAGCGCUGUGGACCACAUGGGCCAGAGGAUGACCCCGCCUGUGGCUAACCCUGCCAAGAACUCCGCCAUGCCUUACAUGCAGCUUCCGGCGGGGCAAGGCGCAGGCCAGUCGCAGGUGCCCGCUCAAGCCCAGGGCCAGAUGCCUGGCCAAGCGGCCCACUUGAGCGAGGAGAGGAAGCGAAUUCUGCUCAUGAAUCAAAAGCAGCAGGGGUUGUCCUACAGCAACAUGCCACCUCAUGGACAGGAGCAGACCCUGGGUGUGGGCAUUCCCCGGCAGCCCGGCGGCACUCAGCAGUCCAUGCCGGGCCCCGGAGGCGUGGCCCCGGGCCCCGGCGCCAACCCCGGGGCUCCCAGCUACCUGGGGAGUGUGCAGCAGGCGGCCAUGAUGAAGCAGAUGCAGAUGGAGCAGGAGAAACGCACCCAGCUGCACCUGCUGGAGCAGCAAAAGCGGCAGAUCCUGCGGGAGCAGAGGCAGCAGCAGCAGCUGCUGGUGGAGCAGAUGCAGCAGCAGCAGCAGCACCUCCCCAGACCGAUGUCCCAGCCGCAGAGACAUCCGUACCCCGUGCAGCAGUUCCAGGGGACGCCGCAGGAAAUGGCGGCGAGGAACCAGGCCCUGGCGUCCAUGCGGAACGCCCAGCUGAUGCAGCAGCAGCAGCAACAGCAGCAGCAGCAGCAGGGUCAGGGCAUGCUCCAGAUGCCCCCGGUGCAGAUGUCCGGCUCCAUGCCCGUUCCACCAGCAGGGGGCGCCCCCUCCUCCGACCUCAACAUGGCCUACAACACCCAGCCUGGCGGCCAACAGGGCAUGUACAGCCUGAACCCCGGCAUGAACCAAAUGUUGCAGCAUCCAAACCAAAGCGCGAUGGGCGUAGCCCACAAUCCGGCCCCCGCGCAGAGACAGGCAGGAGGCGGGGCUCCGGGGACGGCCCUGGGGGGCGGCUAUGGACAGGGCAUGCUGAUGAACCCCGCCAUGUCCCAGCAGCCCUUGAAGGGGCCCUCGGUCACCCCGCCCGUCGCCAAGGCCCAGGCGCAGAGACUGCAAAGCAUGAUGGGAGGGGGAAAUCAGGGCGCCCACAACUGGCAGCAGCAGCAGAAGCUGCAGGCUAUGGGCGGCCGGACUAGUGGGGAGAUGGUGGCCUUCAGCAGCGGCACGCCGUACGCCAUGCAGCCGGGGCAGCCGCGCAUGCCCAAGCAGCACUUUCCGCAGCCCGUGGUAGACCCCCGGGCCAUGAACCCGGCCAUGGGCGGGCAGAUGAUGCCCCAGAUGGCGGGCCAGGUGAGGACCAAUCAGCCGCGGCCCAUGGUAAUGCCAGGGGUGGCUCAGGCCAUCCCCAACAUGACUACUUUCAGCCAGGGCGGCGGGCAGCCUAUGGCGCCCUCUGCUGGCUCCUACGUGCAAGGCGGCCAGCAGCAGAGCUACCAGCAGACGCCCAGUCAGGACUUAUCGUACGGCCCGUAUGGCGGUCAGCCCUCCGGCACCGGCCCCUUCAACCUGACGGACAGCGCAGACUUGGACUCUACGGACGGCUGGAUGGAUGAGUUUUUCUCCUAGCCCAUAAUGAAGGGACACCUUUCACGGCAAUGGUAGCAGUUGAACGUAAAGGGGAUUUAAAAAGAAAAAGACAAGGCAAUAUGUUUUGUUUUUGGAAAAUGUUAUGGUUUUGGGGGAGGAAACGGGUCUCUUGUGUAUGCAGUGCAGGCAUUGGGGAAAGGACCUUUUUCCGAGGCGAACUGGGUCAAUUUUGUCAUUGUUCUGGAGCUGAAUAGUCCGAAGAGAGCAAGAGAUUUUAUUUCCAUUUUUUAUAAUGGCAAAUCUUUUCCUUUUCAUAAAAAGUUGAAUCGAUCCCUCAAAAUUCUUAGCUCUGUAUCUUCCUUAAAUGGAUUUAAAGAAAAAUUAUAUAUUUUAAGAGACACUGCUUAUAUUACUUCCAGGACCUAGAAAAGGUGAGAGUGGAGAUUUUAAAGAACACUGGGGGAGUAUAUUCAUUCUGCUUUUAUGAUUGUUUUAUAUUUGUUUUUAUUUUUAUUUUUUUUUGGUAUGACACCUAAAAGUCUUUGUGCCAUCAAAAUAACGUGUCUGUAAACAAAUUUGAAUUAUCACAGAUGGAUUUAAUGGUCUCUCUGAGGGAGCGAUAGAAAAUACUGUUGUCAUUCAUUCAUUUUUUUUUAAUUCAGUCGUUUUGUAAGUGGCUUGUGUUAAGUUUAUACUGUGAAAACGGCCACGGAGCGAUCUCGUCUCUUUGUGAGGAACUGGAGCACGCCCCUGUCAGUGUGGGCUGUUGCUAGGCAACCGGCAUGAGGCAUUGCCUUCGGCUGAGUUUCCAUGUACAUCCUACUGUGAGGGACCUGGCGGCUACCCAUAAUGCACCGGGGCUGGAGUGGAAUAAACAAAGGUUAAGUGGCAGCUAUGGGAGGGUGAUCACAGAGCUUUAUAUUUAAAGUGUAACGUUUUAAAUGGUAGGUGAUGAAUGUAUAAGCCACCACAAGUGACUUUGUCUUUUUUUUAUUAUAAAAUUAAAGAUUUUGCAUUAUCCUUAAAAGCCUAAAUAGUUCUUGAGACGUGAGUCUUCAGAUAACCCCUCACAUUUGCGAUCUCUCUCCCCCCGACUGAUAAACGACUUCCGUGUUUGCGUUUGUUUGCAGGAAUGGCUUUCGUUUCACUUCAUGAGAAGGCGUGAACUGGCACCUCCUCGCCACACUCUCGAUAAAUCCCUCAUAAAACCCCCCACCACCAUUUCUCUACACAGAAUCUCACAAUUGAUAAAACUCGGCCCGCUUGCUUAUUGUGAGCCGCGCGACGACGACGACGACGACGACGACCACGACGACGACAGCAACAACAAUGACCAUGCUGGUGUGUAACGGCGGCCAUAUAAACAUUAGCGACCUUUCGCGUCCUGUCUGUCCGUUUUCUUUAAGAACUCCAGACUGCUCUGGCUCCUCCCAGUGCGUGAAUGCUGUCCUUGUCCUCCCGCCGUGAAAAGGCGGACCGGAGCGCCGACGCCCCAGUUUUUAAGGCCCCUCCCCCGCCACAAUGGCGCACACUGUCGUGGCGUUGUUCCGGCUAACAGUCACCUUGUUGUCUUCCAGCCUGGCGCUCUGUUAAGCCACAGAGAUACUGGCUACAUCACCCCAGGGAUGCCCAUUCAGGCUGCUACAGCUGUGCUUAUUCUCCACCGUUUAUCCUUUGUCCUUCACCCUCUCCAAAAAAGUACAGAUAAAUAGGUCAAUUCUGUACGCUGUACAACGCUAUGGAUUACAUCUAUGGUUUUGAUACCUGGGUGGCACAGUGGCUCAGUGGGUAGCCUCACACCUCCAAGGUUGUGGGUUCGAGUCCCACUUACAUAUUUUUGUGGUGUUGGCAUAUUCUCCCCUUAUCUGGGUUUGGGUAGUUGGCAUCUCUAAAUUUCCCAUCAUGCAUCACUGUGUGUGAGACUUUAUAUGUGUGUGUGUAAGGUUUAAGGACAUAGACUCACAACCUGCUACAGGAAGCUCAAGCCAGGAUCCCGAUCAGAAUCACCCCACAGAUAAAAAAAAUAAAAAUUAAAAUACAGCCGUAUGACAGAGUCAAAAUGGUAUAGCUUUCUGGGAAAAAAAAAUCAAAUGUAAAAUGAAGUUUAGAAGCUCAACUUAUAUAGAAUAAAGCCUUCACUGACCAUGUGGGCCUUCAUAUAUAAAAUUUUUUAAUACAUUAUUGACAAUUUAAUGUCUAUUUAUACAGUUACAUCAUUGUGAGCAGUCUUUGUUCAUUGUACCUGAAAAUCAGUGUCAAGACCAACUUUUAUAUUUAUUUUGUUGUCACAAGACAGAUUUUGUUUGUUGGAGCAGUGAUUUUUUUUCCCCCUCCCCUCCCAAAGAGCAGAAGUCUGAUAUUUGUUAUUUAAUUUUAACCUGUUUGUGCCUCUGCAUACCCGAGUAUAUGCUCCAUUCCCUCCUGGGCUGGACAUCUCUUGUUCUGGAAAUAUUUCCAUCACUGUUUCAUGUGUGGGAGAGCUACAGAUGAAAUUUUAAAAAAAGAAAAAAUUGAAAGAAAAAUAAAAGGAGAAAAAAAAACCACUUCAGCAUCUGGUAGCGUUGCAGGAAACCGACUUGCAGCUCAGUACUUGAAGAAAAGUUCGCUUUAAGCUUCCCCCAAAAGUUAUGGAUCUGGGACCAAGAAAAAGAGACACUGUUAUUUUUUCCAUUUUUCUCUCCCUCGGUCUUUUUGUAUUGGUGCUGAAGUACAUGUGAUGUUAAAGAAAUUAUAUAUAAAAGAUUAAAGUUAUUUGUAAAUAUGUUUUUACAGGCUAAAACAUCAGAUAACUGGCAACAACAUUUAAAGAAAUUGCUAUUUCUUUAAAAUUUUACUUUUUUUCUUUCUUUUAACCUCACGAUUAAACUCAUCUGAGCUACAGCAUUGCACUUCAGACAAUGUCUUACUACUAAUUUGUACUGUAAACCUAUUCUAUUUUUUUUCUAGUUGUAAGAUUUCACUCUGUAACCUUAAGCGGGGCUGAUUUCUUUAUCUUGUAUAGAAUUAUGAAAUGUCAAUUCGAGAGAAUUAUAACUUUUUUUGCAGAAAAAGUAAAAAUAAAGGAGAAUGUUCUCUUAUUGUAUUAAAUGAACUCUUAUACGCAGA